UUUUUAAUUCAAUUUUAAUCUCAACUUUUCUAUAUUUUAUCGUCUAAAUUUAAAGAAAAGAAAAAACCCAAAAACAGAGGAUUUUGAUCAAGUAAAAGAAAGAAUAUUUUCUAGAGAAAGCAAAUCGAUUCUCUCACCUUUAUAUAUAUAACCUCUCCACCUCUGUUUCGUCUCUCAAUAUAUAUCCACUGGUCUUUCCUUUUUCCGGCAAAAUUGUAACAGAACCAAAAAUUACUCUGUUUUUUUUUAUUUUCUUGACAAGUCUGCAUUUUUCUCCUCUGUUUUGGAAUUUUCUCGUUUCUGGUUUUCCGAUCAUAAAAAACAAACAAAACUACCGUAAAAUAGGCUCUCUCCACAGAAAAAAAAGAAGACUUUUCUUUCAUUCUUCUGCAAGUAACUGAGCAGAUUUCGGUUUUUUCUUCUUCAAAUUGAUAUUUUUAAAGUUAUAAAAAUUUCUUGUCCAUAAUUUCCGUUUUCCUUAAAUUCAGCUGUCCUAACGUCAAAUCUCAGACACUCGCUUGCGUGUCUCCCUCUCUUAAACUCUCUCUUUCUCUUUCUCUUUUGGUUUCUGGGUUAUUUCAAAGAAAAGAAUCAAGAAACCCCUCUUUCUCUCUUACAAGAAUCCCAUCAUGGUGUUUGGAAAAGGGUCAAACCUUGACAGAUUCCUUCAUUGCACAACACCUGUAGUGCCACCCCAAUCUCUAUCCAAGGCGGAGAUUAGGAGUUUGAAUAGGAUUUGGCAUCCAUGGGAGAGACAAAAGGUUGAGUUUUUCAGAUUGAGUGAUCUAUGGGAUUGUUAUGAUGAAUGGAGUGCUUAUGGAGCUGGUGUUCCAAUUCGUCUCUCUAAUGGAGAAUCUCUUGUUCAAUAUUAUGUUCCCUAUCUCUCUGCUAUUCAGAUUUUCACCUCUCGUUCUUCCUUGAUCCGCUUAAGGGAUGAUUCUGAAGAUGGGGAAAGCAGAGAUUCGUUUAGUGAUUCAUAUAGUGAUGAGAGUGAAAGUGAUAAACUUUCGAGAUGUGCUUCUGAUGAAGGACUUGAACAUGACGCUCUCUUGCAUCCUAAUGAUCGGUUGGGAUAUCUUUAUCUGCAAUACUUUGAGAGAUCAGCUCCUUAUGCUCGAGUUCCUCUCAUGGAUAAGAUCAAUGAAUUGGCUCAAAGGUACCCGGGACUAAUGUCGUUGCGAAGCGUAGAUCUUUCCCCGGCAAGUUGGAUGGCGGUAGCGUGGUACCCUAUUUACCAUAUUCCAAUGGGAAGGACCAUCAAAGAUUUGUCCACUUGUUUCCUCACUUAUCACACUCUUUCAUCUUCUUUCCAAGAUAUGGAGCCAGAAGAAAAUGGCGGGGAAAAGGAGAGGAUCCGGAAGGAAGGAGAAGGUGUAACUUUGCUUCCUUUUGGGUUAGCCACUUAUAAGAUGCAAGGCAAUGUUUGGCUCUCGGAAGACGAUCAAGGUCAAGAUCAAGAGCGAGUUCUUUCGCUUCUAAGUGUUGCGGAUUCUUGGCUAAAACAGCUAAGAGUCCAACACCAUGACUUCAACUACUUCUCAAGAAUGGCUCACCGUGGCUGAAACAAAUCCGUUGCUAUAUACUGAUGAGUUCAAAUGUAGAUUUUGUAUCUCUUUUUGUUUUUCUUGUUGGUCUCAAGUGGCAAGGAGAUUACUUUUUUCCCUGGUCGCAAUAUACCGUGUUUGUCCAGUGGUUGGAGUAGCAGUGGCAGCCGUGAAGAGGACUGAGCGUUUCCUUAACACACAAGUACAGCGGUUUCAACGUUUUGGGUGUAGAAUAGCUUUAAAGUAGCAUCAAUGGGAGAUGUCAUAUAUUAUAAGUGCUGAUUUGUUGAAAAGAGUGGUUUCUUGUUUCUUGAUAAACAUUGAUUGAGAGGGUCUUGUUCUUGUACCUCAGUAAUACUUUAAAGGAGUAGCAAGUGUAACAAUCUCAUCAUAUUUGUAACUGUUUUUACCCAAAUACAUAAAUCAAAGCUGAUGAUUUUUGUGUGUUUUAUUGAUCACUGGAUCACUAUAAUGUGGUAUUUUUGUGUGUUUUAAA